AUGCUGCGCAACGGCGAGCCCUUUGUGCCCGUCGACACGCUCCACUUCCGAAGCCUGCUGCGCUCCCGCGUCGAGCUGCUCUCGCCGCGCUUUAUGCUUUGUUUUCGCCUCGUCUCACAACCCGUCUCUGACGCCGGCCUGUCGUCGCCCCGCCCGCCUGUAGACGGCCGUAUCACGCUCCCGCUGACGCUCGCUGCAGUGCGCUGCCAUCUGCGAGCUCUCCAGGCACCCCUGCACGAGGCCAUGCAUGCCUUCUUCUUCGUCACCACCUCUUGCACGCACCUGCGCGCCGACGACGGCACAGACGACGGCAGCUACAGCGUCACCAUCCAUCGCUCGUUUCACCACGACGUCGACAGCUACCGCGCGCACGUCUGGAAAUGUGACGGGCCCUGCCACACCCAGCCGCCGUACUCUGGCCUGGUCAAACGGACCAUGAACCGCCCGCCUGCAAGGAGCGACAACUGGUGGCCAAAACACCACGCCGAGUGCGGCGGCUCCGACACCAAGAUCCACGAGCCCGCCCCCACGAAAAAACAGCUGCAGGCUAUGACCACAAAGGAGCGUGCCGGCAGACAGAAGAACAGGCUCGACGGCUGCAUCACCACUGCGCCUGCAAAACAAACCCCCGACCAUGAUGCCCGUCGUAAGCUGGUUGGCCUCACCAACGACGCCACUCCGCCUGCAUCCUCGUAUUCCAGGGAUGCACAAAGCUUGGCAGCCGAGGACCUUGUUUCUCCCGCACCACCACCACCUUCGACGUCCCCCCACACAGGCCAGAAACGGCCGCGGUCGGACCCCGAACAUGGCUCGGCCAUACAGAAGAAGCUGCUCGUGGAUUGUCCCAUCUGUCAUAAAGCCAUGAAACCCGCUCCCGAGACAAAAGCAUCCAGCUUGCUUGCAGAGGCGUCUCCGCUUCUGAGACUUCCUCUGGAGCUGCGCCUCGAAAUCUACGACCACCUAAGCCGUGCUGAGCCAAAGAGCUACCCAUUCAGCCGCCCUCCCAUAUCGUCCAUUGAUCUCCGCGCCCCGCCCACAGCGCUCAUGGCUACAUGUCGCUCCAUCUACCACGAAGUCCUCACCCACUUUUACAACAAUGUCACGUUUCGUGCCGUCGCGCAGACGAUCCAGCGUGUCCGCUUCGACUACAUCGACCCCACUACAGCCACUGCUCUCGAGCGAGUCAAGAAAUUCGACCUACGCCUCAAAUGGAACAUUGAACCACGGUACCUGCAGCAGCACCUGAGCAAAUGGCCCUACUUUAUGAGCGACUGGCUGCCGGAUAUUAUUCGGCUGCUGCAUCGUGACGCAAAGUGUCUGACCAGUCUUACCCUAUCGGUGAUUGACAGGUCCCAAGGCGUUGGCUGGGAACACAAAGAACCACUGUUGGCUCCUCUGCAGAAGAUGCGUCCACGAGUCGUGUUUUACCUGGGAGAAGUAGUCGCCGCCCAAGAUGAGGAUGCGUUGAAACUUGGACUGCAGCGUCAUCUCAAGCUGCUGAAUAAUCAGACUGGGGUUGAUUGACGGAUUCCUGCUUCGGUCAGAUUCUCUGAUUAUUCGCUGGAUAUCGUGCACUGUCCUUGUACUUGGUUGGGUGUGCCAGCCGUGGGUCAAGCUCGAGUAGUAGGCUUUCCCCUUCUAGCACAUGGUUAUAUCACGGCUGUUAAUAGCAGGGAU